AGAGAGACUCGGAGUUGAAAAUUAAUUUUAAUGAUAAUACAAAUCAAUCGGAUAACUACUUCUACAUACAAUAAAAGUAUUAUGGGCUCACAAAACCAAGUCAUCAAGCCUGAAAACCUAUUUGAUUGAAAUUAAAAACUGGACUGCACCCCUGCCUUUUGAGCCAAGUACAUUCAUUCUUUGUUGAGUGAACUGCAUGUGACAAUUCGUCUCUCAAACGAGUUAAAAUGCAGUUAUCAUCAAAGACCCCCAGGGCCCUGGCGGCCAUCUUUGAGAGUCCCAGUGAUGACGAGGACUUCCUGGGUUUCGCCAUGUCACUGCCUAGUGACAGCGAAUCAGACGACGGCAGGGACAGCCUUGCCUCUGAGGACUCUGGGAAGCCGUGCGUAGCGGAGGAGAGUGAUGAGGACACAGGUUUCUACUCCGAGGGGGAGGAGCCAGACACACACAAAAGGAGGAGUCUCUGUGUUGCCUUUAGAUUUCCCACCAAAAGACUCUCUGCCCAGAAAGGGGAGGCACCAAAGAAACCCCAGCCAAUCACUACCGCCCCUCCGGAGAGGAGAACCAAUGAAAGGCUGCAUCUGAAAAGGGGUGUGUCUCAGGUGUCCAGUGGGAUGGUGACACGGGGUCAGAAACAACCUCUAAAAAAAGAGGUAGAGGAGGAGAAAGAAGAGAAGGAGGUUGAGUCUCCAGUUCUAAAUAAACGAGCCAAGAACAUCCAGGAGAACAAGGCCAUGUUGGCCAAGCUGUUUGCUGACCUGACCAAUAUGGCUGAACUCACCCCCUCUACCACGAAGAAGAGGCGUGUGAGUGAGAAGCCAACCCCUCGUAGACGAGGUGUGUAUGAGGGGGGUGAGAGGAGGAACCCAUCGCGUGCGGCCAGACCGCCAGAGAAGUUUGGGGUGGAGGAGAAGAGUAACUCCCCCUCACGACACAACAGAUCUGUGAGGACUAUUGAUGUCAGGAAACUACUGGAGGUGGAUGAUGAUUUGAGUAGAAGUGGGAGGAAGAGGAGGGCGAGCAGUGGGAAGAGGAGGAAGAUUACACAUGUGAGAUCAGUCGACGAGAUCACAGAGGAAGAGCUGGACAAUGUGGCGGAAGGCGCCAAAGACAAGAUACUGGACAAGGACCACGGCAGCACGUGUCACCAGUGCAGACAGAAGACUCUGGACACCAAGACGGUGUGUCGUAGCGGAGUAUGUUCAGGGGGCAAAGGUCAGUUUUGUGGGCCCUGUCUGAGGAACCGCUACGGAGAGGAUGUACGCUCCGCCCUGCUGGACCCAGACUGGGAGUGUCCUCUGUGUAGAGGUAUCUGUAACUGCAGUCUGUGUCGACGGAGAGAAGGACGUUGUGCAACAGGACAACUCGUCCAUUUGGCUCAACACAAGGGCCACAGCAACGUCCAAGAUUACCUGGAGAGCAUCCAAAAAGAUCUUAGAGCCUAGAGACAGACCAGACAAGCAGACAGCUCCCCCCGUUGGUCAGGACAGAGAAUUACACCCUGGAGGCCCGGAGGGAGAGACCCAGCAGAGAGGGUGCGUCUCAAUAAUCUCACCUUUCUCCUGAAGUGUACACUCGUUCAAUACUUCCCACACAUCUGAAAGCAUUGGAUUUGCAGAGGCAUGGGCUAAAGGGAGUUUCCACCAUAUUUCUUAUACCAGUCAUUUCCCUUCAAAUCAAUGUAUGGAAGUGAACAAGUGCAAGCUUUGGGCAGAAGGAGAGAUAAUUAGGACAUAGUCAUACUGACACACAGCAUUAUCCUGCUUUAGUACUUCCACAGUUCAGACUAGAGUCCAGGGUUUUGGAUCUCGAGGUAGUCUAGAACAGUGUUCCUCAAUCUCUGCCACUUUCCUCUGACACCCUAUUUAAUCACAGUCAUGUUCAGUAGGGAGACAACGUUUUGAAACGGGAGGUAGUACCUGAACCUUUCCAGUAAGAACAUAGAAUUAACAUUUACUUUGCAAAAUGUUUUGCUACGGUGUACACCACUGAAUAUGACCCAGGAAAACCAGAACUUGUGGAUCCCUGCAACACAGGUCUAGAUGGAUAUCUGUGGUUCCAAGGCUGUGUUUACACAGGCAGCCCAAUUCGGAAAUUCUUAAAUCAUAUUUUUAUGCAUCAGCAGUUAGGCAGUGGAGUUGAACUUUUAUUAGACCAGGGAUGAGACGGAGGAUAAAGACUGUUAAAUUGCAUACCUUUUUAAUUUGGGGAAUAAAGUUUACGCACCUAUUAUUAUGCUAAAUUAGCAUAGUUUACGUAACUCGAGAGUUAACGCACCUAUUUUACCGCUGCAUCCCUGGUAGUAAGACAUGGUCUACCUUUUACUAAAAGGAACAUAACAUAUUCCCUUGAUUAUAGACCAUAGCCAAUAUAAUUGGACCUGUGACAUGUAUAGUGUACGGUUUAAUACACUUUGUUUUAAUGUUUUUUGUUCUAUAUUGAGUUAAAGUUUUAAGACUGCUUCUGAAAGUGGACACUGUAUGUUAGUUGAAUCUGAAUAAAUAACUGAAUUUAUAACGUU